GAAAGCCUUGCAAACUUGGAGCGGCAGAUAUUCGCCUUCGAGGGCAGCUAUCUCGAGGAUACACUCACGUACGGGAACGUCAUACGAGGUUGGGACGGCUACCAGUCUCAGAACAAGUCCGGGAGUAGCAAGAACGAGAGAAAUCGAGAAAGAAAAUCUCGGCAUCUGACCGUCCUCUCUCCCGUUCCUCAGUCACUUCAC